AUGACCGAUGAAACAGAGAAGGUGGCUGUAGAUCCUGAAACCAUGUUUAAACGUCCCAGGGAAUGUGACAGUCCUUCGUAUCAGAAAAGGCAGAGGAUGGCCCUGUUGGCAAGGAAACAAGGAGCAGGAGACAGUCUUAUUGCAGGCUCUGCCAUGUCCAAAGAAAAGAAGCUUAAGACAGGACAUGGUAUUCCACCGAGCCAAUUGGAUUCUCAGACUGAUGACUUUACUAGUUUCAGCAAAGAUAGGCUGAUGCAGAAACCUGGUAGAAAUGCACCUGUGGGAGGAAACAUUACCAGCAGUUUCUCUGGAGAUGACCUAGAAUGCAGAGAAACAGCAUCCUCUCCCAAAAGCCAAGAAGAAAUUAAUGCUGAUAUAAAACGUCAAUUAGUGAAGGAAAUCCGAUGCAUUGGACGAAAAUAUGAAAAAAUCUUCAAAAUGCUUGAAGGAGUGCAAGGACCUAUGGAAGUCAAGAAACAAUUUUUUGAAUCCAUCAUCAAGGAAGCAGCAAGAUGUAAGAGACCAGACUUUGUUAAGCACCUUAAGAAGAAACUGAAACAUAUGAUUUGA